GACUGGCAGUGGUUGGCAGGAGUAUUUGCUGUAGUUACAUCAUGGUUGUAUGUCUUCCUGAUGACAAGAAGUGUCUUACUGAUGACAAGAAAUUUACGCUGUUGUAGCUCCUCCUUCUUCCAAGCCAUCCACCUCCUUCGUACUCUUUGGAAGAUUACUAUUCCUCUACUAGUCAUAGGAAUACUGAUAUACAUUAUUCACAUAAUAGCAAUCAAAGGAAGAAAUACUUAUAAUAAUGUCUGGUAUAAAGUAAUUCAAGUGAUUUCUUAUCAGUGGGUUGGCACAGCAAUAUAUGUUUUAAUAACUAUUGUUGUCUGUUUUGCAAUGUUAGAUAAGAGUUUACAAACACAAAGAAAAGAGUACAAGGACAGUCAGUCUGUUUUUAUUGUAGAAAUGACACUGAAUACUGACUUUCUCUACCCAUUUUUGAGGAAGACGUUUUAUGUAUUUUGGAUAUCCAAACAUGCAAAGAAACGCUUGCGUAGCCAAUGCAACUGUUUUAAACAAUGUUUGGCAUGUCAGAGAAACAAGAAUGAGGAAGAGUUAAAUGAAGCUGAGCAUGAUGAUAUUAAAGUGAUAUCCGAGGGUAAAGUUCUAGAUGAAAUAAAUGAUGUUAAAGGGAAAAUUGAAAACCUUCAGCAGGAUAUAAAAGAACUGACGAAAAUUUUAACAAACAAAAUGAAUAAUGUAAGGUGAAAUUUCUUAUAUAAAAACACUUCAAAUAUUUUGACACUGGUAGUUAGUCCUUGUGGCUUAGCGCUUCUUUUUGAUUAUAAUAAUAAUCUGGUAGUUAGUUGUAAUAUUUAACAUGUAACUUUCACUUUUGACAUCUGCUAGAAAUAAUGUUAGUUUCUCAAACAUAUAAUACUGCAAUUUGAUAUGAAUAUAUAAUUUGCCUUACACAGUGAGGUGCGCAUCGAGCAUGUCACAUUUAUUCAGUGUAGGUCACACACCCACAUCUUGCAUUCCGUCUAUAGUCAGCCGAAAUCUUGCAGUAAUUACCGUAUGAUCGCUAUGGCUCCACAACUAAAAUGUGAAUAUCUACUAAUUAUAAACAUCAGCCAAUCAGGAUGUGGAGAUAAAUUCAGACAAAUUGACGUUACACCUACUCAGGUCUGGAGUCACUAGCUCUGGAUAAUAAAGCAUACUUCUCCCUCUUAUACGUAUUUAUGAGACAAUGGCAGUGAGCAGUGGCUGCUCAUGUACAGGCACUGUGGAACUGCAGCACCCUCUAUUUUCAAUCAAUAUUAUUGAUAACAUUCAAUAUAAUGAGUCUUUUUUUUCUUUAAUUUACUUUAUGCUUGCACAUUAAAUAAACCUUAAGCUUAAUGUCAGUAGCCAUCCCCUAGUACAUGAAAAAAUUACAAAAAUCCAUGUAUGGAACUGGGCGCUUCACAGUUCCAGCGACUCUGUGUUUGGCUGUUGUGUGCAUGCACAUCAUAUGUCCGAGAUAGGAUGCUGCAUGCUAGGAAGAGAGAGCACUGUCGCUGACACAGUGCUGACCCUGUUGUGCAAGUGUAAGGUAGCUUUUUUUUUUUUUUGACUCGGCAACAUGUGUUGUGCUUAAAAACCAUGUACCAUAUUCUUGAAUAUGAUAAAAUGUAGAAUUAGAUGAUUAUCAUGCUUCCAGCUAUUUUAUUUAAUUCAUAGUUUUUUGUUUAUGAUUUUAUCAGGCUUAUGUAUAAAUUUUCUUUUCA